CUUCGUCAUAAGCCCUCACAGUCUCUCCUCAGUGCUUCAAAUUUGUUCUUUCUUCGUCUUUAACACUGCCCUUUACCACAAUAUGAAGGGUCACCGUUGCAAAUUGACGGGAGACCGCACACAGGCUCGCCGCCUCUUCGCUGAAGCCUCCAAGCAGCUACGCCCGGCUGUGUGUUGCUAACCUUCGACUCGAGGUCAAGAUCAUUCGAUUCCCGUCGCCUUUACUUGCCUGCUUUUUCCUCCUAUGAACCUCUGAGCCUCCGACCUUCUCCCGACUCUCCAUUGGUGACUACAGCCACCGGAUCUGCCUUGUGCACUGACUCCGUCGCUGCCGACUCUUUGCCUGCGCAGGCCGCGGAAACUCCUGCGCGAAUGACCUCAAAUUUUCACCGGAGCACAGCGAAGGUGUUACGUCGGCUUUACGCUAUGUGAGCGAAAAUCGAGCAAGAGGAGAGACAGAGACACAGAAGGUACCAGUCAGGAGUUUUGAUCGAGUAAAAAUGGGCUUACUAUCGAGUAAUGGACAUACACUUCCAGAGGUUGCCGAGGCCAAAUAUGGCUUAGAACACGGCCGAGGACCCUUAUCACCAAGCCUCCCGAGUCCCGAAUUCCGGCCAGCUGCAUGGGGGAAAGCGUCGUCGCGCAGAGGCUCCUGGUCCAGGCACAUGUCUCCAUUUCCCAACGAUAACAGGUGUACGUCAGCGCCAUUCAUGCCCACCAUCCCACCAAAAUUCAAACUUGAUGUUCCGGCGAGACGUCUCCUCUUAUCUCUACUCGAUAUGAUCGAGUAACAGAUACCGCCCACGCGCUCAGCGUCCGCGCGCGUGCCGAUUCUCACCAAUGGCAACUCUCUGGGCGUCCCGGCAUUCCAGACGUCGAUCGGGCUCCUCCGCAUGCAUGGCUUCCACACUUCCCUCCUGCGAUAUUUCUGGGGAUUCCCAGCAGGUGCUGUCUCCCGACGGGGGCUGUGGGUGACCCGAGCUGAUGCGAGGGAUGUACGCCAGUGGUCGUUGAAAGGUGGUAUGUCUCUCUUUUGUCCCCGUCCUUUGUUCCAGUUGCUUGAAAACUCGCCCCGAUUCCGUUCUCAAAAAGUGCUGGGACGACGGUUGAACUUGCGCAUUGCUUAUCAACUCGUUUGAUAAGGACUGUACUCCCCAGUUCACAUGCUCAGCGUCUCUUAUCCACCCGCCCUAUGCCCACAAGCCCUGUGCUGUUCAUAUCGAUCCUUUACAAGCGGCUGGUGCUCUGUCGCCUACCGUAACAAUGACUAGCUGGACCAGAGCCUUUAAUCCUUAUCCGACACCUCCACGAUCUCCCCCGAAUGGCUUGUUGGAAGCGGCAGGCGAGUCUCCGAUAACUGUGAUCGCUUCGUCUCGAGCCAUCCGAUCUGGACGACUUUCCGCGGCCACUAUUGUUGUAUCCAAUGCUACAGGCAAAAUCACCGCGACCUUUGAUUCGAUCGUUCCUGCGUCCGAUUUCCCUCCCAACACACCAUAUACCGACUACUCGCCGCAUAUACUUCUACCGGGCUUGGUCGACGCCCAUGUCCACCUCAACGAACCUGGCCGCACAGAAUGGGAGGGUUUCUACACGGGGACGCAGGCCGCCGCCUUUGGUGGAGUGACGACUGUCGUGGACAUGCCAUUGAACGCUGUACCGCCCACCACCACCGUGGCGGGGCUGCAAGAGAAGAUCAAAGCAGCACAAGGCCAAUGCUGGGUUGACGUUGGCUUCUACGGGGGCAUCAUCCCUGGAAACGAAGGAGAACUCAAGGCUCUAGUCCGAGAAGGAGUCAGGGGCUUCAAGGGAUUCCUCAUUGACAGCGGUGUCGAAGAGUUUCCUGCGGUCUCAUCCACCGACAUUGAGAAGGUCUUUGCUGAAUUGGCGGAUGAGCCUACGACUGUCAUGUUCCAUGCAGAGAUGAUACCGCCAAUUGCAGACUCUGUCGGAGAUGACGUCCAGAUAUCGUUACCUCCUUUGCAACCACACGGACCCCUCAAUGCGUACAGUACCUUUCUCGAGUCGCGGCCGCCAUCUUUUGAGACCUAUGCCAUUGAGGAAAUUCUCUCACUGGCUCACCUCGCGCCAAACUUACCGUUGCAUAUCGUCCAUUUGUCAGCCAUGGAAGCGAUUCCUCUGUUGAGGAAAGCACGUGCACAGGGAAUCAAUAUCACCGCCGAGACCUGCCCGCACUAUUUGUCCCUGGCUGCGGAACAGGUUGCUCUGGGUGACACUAGACACAAAUGCUGCCCACCCAUCCGGACCCAGUCAAAUCAAGAUAGUCUCUGGGAAGAGCUGAAGCAGCAUACCGUGGAAGGCGUGAUCAAGACGGUGGUGUCGGAUCAUUCCCCCUGCACUCCUGAUCUCAAGAUUCUCCCUUCACACAUCCCGGGACAUAUUUGCCAACCCAAGGACAGCGUCAAAUCCUUACAGUUAGAGACUGACAGAGGCGACUUCUUCUCUGCAUGGGGAGGUAUCUCGUCUGUUGGGCUGGGGCUGCCCAUCCUGUGGACAGAAAUGACCCGCCGCGGUUUGACGGGAACAGACUCGGCCAUCACCGACGUGGUGACAUGGUGCUGCACCAAUACUGCUGCACAAGUAGGCUUGGAAAAGCAGAAAGGUGACCUUGCCGUCGGGUUUGACGCCGACAUCUGUAUCUUUGACGACACGAAGGAGUGGAUUGUAGAGCCCAGCACGAUGCUGUUCCGGAACAAAUGCUCUCCGUAUCAGGGUAAAACCAUGAUUGGACAAGUCAAAGAGACGUGGUUGAGGGGAAGACAGGUGUUUGUGAGGGACGGAAUGAACAAUGGGUUUGUUGGGAAGGAUUGCGAGGGACAGUUGUUGCUGGAGCCAAGGAUCAAGGAGUUGAAGAAGGUCAAGAGUUGGUUCAGGAGGUGGAUUUAUGAUUUCGACGGCUGAGCUUCUGAGGGCCUUUUUACGAGAUUCGGACGUGACGACUGUAGACAUUCUUCGAACGAAUACCUAGAUAACUUGAGAUCCUAACACCUGAUUGCGAUGCACGGUAUGCGGUACGCGGUAUGCGAAGGCUGUCGUGCAGUCACAGGUCUUGCGAAGUACGAGCUUCGCGAGAUACGGCCCCCACCUCGCCAUUCCAACUUCCCUGGUCAUCCCAACUACCAAGGCCUUCAGCAAUUUCUGGCAGCUAGAACAACUCGCUGCCUCUGGCUAAACUUCCAAUUAUCCAAUCGAACCU